CAAUUCAAAUUCAUAUUUGCUAUCUUCAAAAACCUAAACUCUUGGUUGUUCUUCACUCCAUGACCAUUGACCAAUGGCCACAACUAUCCUUAAAAUCUCAACUACUACGUACACAUAAGGAUGGCUCGCAAUAACUUCUGCCCAGGAGAAAGAGAAAGAAGCAUGUGAAGGGAUGGAAAUUUCAAUUGAAAUGCAGAUUACGACGGUAUAAGUAGUUCAGUGUUCCUCGAACCUUCCCCUUCAGGUAAAAUUCCUCGAAUCUUCCCCUUCAGGUAAAAUUCCUCGAACCCCGUCCAUCAAUACUUCAGGAAUAUAAGCGCUGUUACCCUCACUGCCCUAUCAUGCAUAAAAAUUUCCAAAAAGAUUAAGUUUUAUUGAGUUACUGAAUUUGAUUGUGUAUCUUGUUUUAAAAUGGAAUAUUCAAAAAGACAAUCUCAGCAGGAGGGCACUGAUGAUCAAAAGGGUAUUCAAAUUCGUGGUCAAGAUUCAAAGCGAAGACGUGAAGAUUCACAACAAUCGGAUACCCUCCGUAUCAUUAGUUUAAGGUCUCUAGUUCACAUAACGAAUGACGACAUCGCGCGGUACAUGAAAGACUUAGUCCAAAGAUUGGUACGAGAGGAGUUGGCGGAAUGCAAACUUCCAAGACCAAUUAAUAAUAAUCAGAUUGGAAUAUCGGGAAGCAAACCCUUUCGACUGGUUUUUAAGAAUGAAUUGCCUGAUACAAUUUAUACUAACUCCAAGAUCAAAGCAAAAGGCAACACUCCUCUUGAGGUUGUUCUUUUUGAUAUUGAAUCUAAGUCUAUAGUCGCCGAGGGUUCACUGUCUUCAAUCAAGAUAGAAAUUUGUGUCCUUGAUGGUGAGUUCUGUUCAAUAAAUGGGCGUGAAGAUUGGAGCGAAGAUGAAUUUAAUGCCAAAAUCGUACGUCAAAGAGACAAUAAAGGGCGGUUACUGAAAGGAGAUACGAUUAUUACACUUGAAAAUGGAGUUGGUUAUAUCACCAACCUUGAGUUCACUGACAACUCAAGCUGGAGAAGAACCCGAUGCUUCAGCUUAGGAGCCAAGUUGUUGCAAUCAAAUCUGAAAGACGCAAUUAACAUCAGGGAAGGUAGAACCAAACCUUUUAUUGCCAAGGAUUUCAGAGGAGAGAAAAAUCAGAAACGCGACACUCCUUCCCUCAAUGAUGAAACAUGGCGUUUGAAACAUAUAUCAAAAAACGUUUAUCGGCGGCUGCUUAAGCACGGGAUAAAAACAGUUGGGGAUCUGUUGAAGGAGAAUGAAACCAAUCCAUCAUCUUUGCAAGAGAAAUUUGGCAAGAUUUCAAAAAAGAAACAGGAAGAAAUUAUUAAGCUUGCUAAGAAAGCAAAGUAUGCCAAGACUUGCGUUGCUGAAGCCACAUUUGAUGGACAAAAUUAUCAUUCAGAGAAGAAUACUCUCAUCUCCAACCAGAGGGAAGCUUACAAAAAUUUGAAGGAUCCGGUACCAAUUGAGACAAUAACACAUGAGUUAGUGAAAACAUUGACACCAGUUAAUGCACAAUAUUACAGUGCUCCAAAUCAAGAUGUGCAACAGCUUGACUUUUCAAUUGCUCAGCAAGAAGAAAUUUCUAGACUAAACUGGUCAGCAGGGGGGCAGAUUGUUGAUGGAUACAUAUUAUCACAGAUUGAUGAUGAAAACGUAAGUAAUUUCUUACCUGAGAUAAAUUCUGAAUUCAUCUUUCCCUAUGGUGAUGAAGCAGAAUAUUGCAAUAGUUCCUCUUUUCCCAACUCCGCGUUGAAUAUAUCAGACAAAGGGAAAAGCAAGAUGGUUUGACGUAAGAUUCAAAUGGGUCACCCUCACACUGCAUGCAGCUAAAGGCAAAACUUUUUCGCCGUCAGUAUUGACUUGAACUCUCAAUUAUUUCUGUUCUUAAUUAGUUUCAACGUGUAAGGCCACAAUCAAGAGACUCAGCAAGGAUGAAGGCCGCUAUAUGUAAUUUCUUAAUUUCUAAUUAUGUUGUCAAUUUGUUAAUAAACUUGAGGAACUUAUAACACAGAUUUAUUAUUCGAGUAUAUAUAUAAUGCUACUGUUGUCAUGCCCAUAUAAGUCAUACAA